AUGAACGCAUUAAAACAUAGGCGUGGUAUUGCAAAGGCCACUUUAACUCGUGCGGUUGAAUUUAUAACAUCCAUUGAACAAUUGACAUCAUUGGAGAUGUUAGAAAUUAGAUUAAAUAGGGUGAUUGAAGCAUGGCAUGAAUUCACUACCCUACAUUAUGAAUGUCUUCAGCUUGUGGGGGAAGGUGAGGCCGAGGAGUUUAAUACUGAUUUCGGGUUAUAUGAAGACAAAUAUUUCGAAGCCCACGCGGGGUUGACUGUAGCAAUACGUGAAAGGAGUUCUAAAAAUUCAAACAAUGCCGUGUUAGAUUCUUCGGCAAAAACUACUGAAAAAAUAAAACUGCCACCAAUUGUGAUUCCUAAGUUUUCGGGUGAUUAUAAGGACUGGCCGUCUUUUCGUGAUUUGUUUCUGGGUUCGGUGGAUACAAAAGAAAACUUAUCACCGACUCACAAAUUUCAAUACUUAAAAUCUUUUUUAAGCGGAACGGCCGCUGAUCUAAUCCAACACAUAAAGGUUUCAGAUGUUAAUUACACUGAAGCAUGGGAUAGACUUGAAAAACGUUUUGAUAGGGGAACUUUAGUUGUUCAGUCCUUUGUUCAAAAAUUUUUGUCCCUACCGUCAAUAAACGCUCCAAAUGCACAAAUACUUCGAAAGAUUUCGGACGGUGCGGAUGAGGUGAUUCGGGGAUUAAAUGCACUAUCUAAGAACAAUCGCGAUCCGUGGCUUAUUUUUAUCCUGCUCAAUAAACUAGAUGGUGAAACAAAACAUGCUUGGGCAGAAGAAGUCGGGUCUCGGGAGGAUAUGACAAUAUCGACUUUUAUCGAAUUUCUUGAGCGUCGGUGCGAUGCACUAGAGUCAUGCCAGACUCUAAAUCGCUUGUCCUCAUCAUCAUCGCGUGGAAAGCCAGCAAGUUCGAUUCGAGCGUUAAUAGCUAAUCCUUCUGAAAAUAGUUCGCAAUGUCCAUUAUUGCAUCAGGAUGAAUCGAAUAAUAUUUCUGCGCCGGUAUCUGACCCUUCUCAAACAAAUCAAUCGACAUCGUCGUCGUCAUCAGCUUCGCUACAAAAUCAGUCCUCGGGGACACCUAAUCCGUAUGCCAUUACACCUUUGGUCAGUAACCAUUCUCGUGAAUUUAGCCUUCGAAAACAUACAGUUUUACCAACAAUUCUUGCUAAGCUAGAAAAUAACAAAAAUCAGCUCAUUGAUGUUCGUGUAUUAUUGGAUACCGGGUCCCAAUCAUCGUUCAUAUCUGAAUCGUGUGUUCAAAAACUUGGACUUCGACGAACUCACGCUCGAAUACCAGUAUUAGGAUUAGGUUCAAUGGAAGCCGGGUUUACUAAGGGAGUCGUAUCCUUGAAACUACUUUCUCGAUAUAGCUCUACAUUUUUGACGGUCGAUGCCUUAGUUUUGACUAAAUUGACUUCAAAUCUACCGUCUAACUCGUUUGAUAUCUCGACUUUGGACUAUAUUUGCAACUUGGAUCUGGCAGACCCUGGCUUUAACUUCUCUUGUGCAGUUGACGUGAUUCUUGGGCCUGAUAAGGUUUGGUCUAUCUUGAAAUCAGACCAAGUUGUUGGACCUCCAGGUAAACCUAUCGCUCAAAAUACUUCCUUCGGAUGGGUUAUCACUGGAGAGUUCUUUGAUCCAACCUCUGGUAAUUUCGAAUUAUCGUCAUAUCAUUCUGCUCUUGACUUGGAUGCUCUUCUCCAACGAUUUUGGGAGCUAGAGCAUAUCUCUUCUUACAAUUCGUUUGAUGCCUUUAAUGAUCCAGCUGAAAAACACUUCCAACAAACAUUUAGUCGCGCUUCCGACGGAAAAUACGUGGUUGCGCUUCCCUUUAAAACUCUUUUACCAAAGUUUGAAGGUACGCUGCAUUCGGCGGUUUCACGGCUGUAUUCGAUGGAGCGUCGAUUUAAAAAACAUCCUGAACUGAAUAGGCAAUACUCUGAAUUCAUGCAAGAGUACCUCGACCUUGGUCAUAUGGAACUUAUUCCUCAAAGUGAUAUUCAAAAAAAUCCAUGUAGUCAAUUUUAUUUACCCCAUCAUGCCGUUUUUAAGCCGGACAGUUCGACAACGAAACUUCGAGUCGUUUUUGAUGGGUCUGUCAAAGACUCAAAUGGACAGUCGUUGAAUAGCAAGUUGUUAAUCGGUCCGCCUAUACAACGUGAUCUAAUUGGUGUUUGUCUACGGUUUCGGCAACAUCGUUAUGUGUUUACCGCUGACAUUGUCAAAAUGUUUCGACAAAUAUGGGUAAACGAGAAGGAUUGUGAUUAUCAACGAAUCGUAUGGCGGUCAAACCCAAAUAAUCACAUCGAACAUUAUCGACUACGAACCGUAACCUAUGGCACUGCGUCGGCUCCAUUUUUAUCGGUACGCGUGUUACAACAAAUCGCCGAGGACUAUAAAACUGUGUACCCAAAUGCAUCUCGGGUUUUGCUUAGUGACGUCUACGUUGACGACGUGAUGACAGGCGGGAAUUCAAUCCAAACCUUGUUAGAUUUGCAAUCUGAACUGACCUCGUUACUAUCAGAAGCUCGUCUUCAGCUUCGUAAAUGGAGUUCCAACUGCUGGGCUCUACUAGCCAAACAAAACCCUGAGGAUUGUGAGUAUUCUUUCGUGGACCCUGAACGUUCGCAGUCACUCAUAAAAGUAUUGGGAAUGUACUGGAAUCCUGCGUCCGAUAUGUACUCAUAUCGCCUAACAACUUCAAAGCCUUGUCCCUUGAUAACCAGAAGAACUUUGCUAUCGGAAGUAGCAAGUAUUUUUGACCCUUUAGGGCUCUUGGCCCCUUCAGUGAUCCUUUUCAAGAUGCUAUUUCAAAAUCUCUGGUCUUUGACUUUGGGUUGGGAUGAUCCUCUUCCCACUGAUCUCGCGGAAAAAUGGAUAACCUAUCGUGAACAAUUGCCAUGUUUCGAAAAAAUUUGCGUUCCGCGUAAUGUGUUUUCGUCUGAACAGACUGUCGAGCUUCACGGAUUUUCAGAUGCCUCAUCGUUAGCGUACGCCGCGGUAGUCUAUGCCCUUUCGAAAUCUGCCGACGGAAAAGUGAACGUUGUCAUCGUUGCUGCUAAAACUAAGGUAGCCCCUUUAAAACCGGUAUCUAUUCCCCGCCUUGAACUCUGUGGUGGGCAACCUUUGUCGCCAACAGAACCGCUGCCAUCUUGGAAACCUUACCCAGAUCUGCUUGGAGACAUGUUCCGUCUGAAUCGAACCCUGCUGAUUGUGCAUCACGUGGUGUACCACCUUCAAAUUUAUUCAGUCACAAUCUUUGGUGGACCGGUCCAUCCUGGUUAUCCGAUUCAGAAGUCAGUUGGCCAAAAUCCAACCUUUAUCCAAGCACCUUUAAUGCGGAAUCAGCUAAGUUGGAGGAGAAAUCAGUCAAAAGGCAUGCACUCGUCACGUGCGUCGUUUGAUGGACAUGUCUUUCACGAUCUGAUAGGAAGGAUUUCGAGUUGGAGUCGCCUGCAGCGUGUUGCUGCAUACAUCUUUAGAUAUAUUUCCAACCUUCAACCAAAAACCAAUCCUCGGGCUGUUCAUGGUCUGAGCUACCCUGAAAUUCAAAGGGCUAGAAUUGCCAUCUUAAAAUUCGUUCAGCUUUUAUUCUUUGAAGAUGACAUCUUGCACCUGCAAACCAAAAACCAACUACCUGCAAAAUCGAAUCUCUUGAGAUACAACGCCAUUUUGGACAGUGAUGGGCUACUUCGCAUCGGUGGACGUAUAAAAAACGCAAGCGUAUCCUUCAAUAUCAAACAUCCUAUCAUUUUACCAAAAUCUAAUCCCAUAUCUAACCUCAUUAUUACAGAUUUUCAUCGUCGAUAUCUCCAUGCAGGAGUAUCUGAAACUUUCGCAUUCAUUCGACAACAAUUCUGGAUAAUGGGUAGCCGAAAUCUUAUCCGCAAAAUUGUUCAUAAGUGCAAAACGUGUUUUAUGCAACGUAAGGGAAACAUGCAGCAGAUUAUGGGUAAUCUUCCAUCCUAUCGCACUCAACCCAGUCGCCCAUUUACAAAUACAGGUUGUGGCUAUGCGGGACCUAUCACCAUCAGGCUAUCUCGAUGUCGUAAAGCUAAGAUGCCCAAAGCAUAUAUUGCCGUGUUUGUGUGCAUGUCUACGAAGGCCAUACAUCUGGAGCUGGUCAGUGAUCUCACCACAGACGCUUUCAUCGCAGCCUUGCGAAGAUUUGUUUCUCGCCGCGGCAAGUGUAGCAAUAUCUACAGCGACAAUGGGACGAACUUUCAUGGAGCUCGAAGAUGCUUAAAUGAGAUGCAUACUCUUGUUAUUUCACAAUCCCAUAAUGAUGCAGUCACUGCAGCCCUUGCCAUGGACAGCAUAUCUUGGCACUUUAUUCCUCCCUCUGCUCCACACUUUGGUGGAUUAUAG